AAUUGACAUUUUCAGAUGACCCUGCAAUACCAUGUGUGGGACAAGCUGAAGGAGACGUCAAGUUUCAAGUCCAAGUUUCAGAUCACAAACCUGGCAAAGUUCCUUGCUCAUUUGUUUCUAGAAAAGGCUCUGCCCAUAUCGGUGUUGAAGGUGGUAGAGUUCUCGGAGAUCAGCAAGCCAGUGGUAAGCCUGGUGCGACAGGUGCUGCUUUCUGUACUUCUCAGCGACAGUGAGGAGACUCUGGUCGCAGUGUUUGCACGAGCCGCACGCUCCGAGCAGCUUCACAUGUUCCGCCAGAGCCUGCGCCUGUUCUUGCACGUGUUUGUGCUCAAGAAGACCUCCACCAUGGCACCUGACCAGGCGCAGCUGCUGAGAGAUAGGGUCAAGCUGGCGGAGACUGCCCUCAUCAGUGUCGACACCAGCAAGUUCUUCUAGAGGUGCAAGUAAGGAAGUUGGAUACUCACCGUUGAUCUGACAUGCCAGUGGACCCCCGGAAUCUCCUCCGCAGGCGUCCACACCUCCUUCCAGGACUCCUGCACACACCAUGCUGUCCAGGAUGCUCUGGUCUCGGCCGCCGUACACGUCA